GUGAUUCGAGAAUAGUGAAACUACCUUAUCUGCGCGCGACAGAGAAGGGAGGACGACGGAGGCCGUAAAGUGUUUGUUUAUUCCUCCAGGCUGACUCCGGGAGCGGCUGACCAGCUAACAGGUAGCCGGGCGCGGGGUCCCGGUGACCCAGGGCGCCUGCGUCGGCCUGGCCCCCGCGGCGGUCAUGGCGCACCGCUACCUGCUGCUCUCCCGCCGGGGCUGCUGCUGGUCCCGUGGUUUUCCUCUGUUCCCGCGGCAGCCGCCGCCCCCCGUGCUCCUCCUUCCUGGAGGCGGCAAGGGGACCUGCCUCCGGACGCUCUAUCGAUAUGCUGCUACUCAGAUGACUCCCAGUAGAAAUUCUCUUUUGACAGAUGUGAUUACUGUUUAUCGAAGAUUCUGUGCUAGACCUCCAAAAGGAUUUGAAAAAUACUUUCCUAAUGCAAAGAACAAAAAGAAAGCUGAAUCUAAAGAGCCUGCGCAAGAAACAAAAGAAGCAAAGCCAUCUAGUACACAGCGUCCCUCUGGAGGAGGAGGAGGUGGAAAACGAGGUGGCAAGAGAGAUGACUCUCAUUGGUUGUCCAGGUUUCAGAAGGGAGACAUUCCAUGGGAUGACAAGGAGUUCAGAAUGUACUUUGUUUGGAGUUUUCUUUCUUGGGCAGUUAUCAUGUUUUACUUUUUCUUCAAGAAUUCUGGGAGAGAAAUCACUUGGAAGGACUUUGUUAAUAAUUAUCUUUCCAAAGGAGUGGUGGACAGGCUAGAAGUAGUGAACAAGCGUUUUGUUCGAGUGACUUUUACACCAGGAAAAACUCCUGUUGAUGGGCAAUAUGUCUGGUUUAAUAUUGGUAGUGUGGACACCUUCGAGCGGAAUCUGGAAACUUUACAACAAGAAUUAGGCAUAGAAGGGGAGAAUCGGUUACCUGUAGUUUACAUAACCGAAAGUGAUGGCUCAUUUCUGCUAAGCAUGUUCCCAACAGUCCUCAUAAUUGGAUUUUUACUAUAUACUCUAAGAAGAGGGCCUGCUGGUAUGGGUCGGACAGGCCGGGGUAUGGGAGGUCUCUUCAGUGUAGGAGAAACCACUGCCAAGGUCUUAAAGGAUGAAAUGGAUGUAAAAUUCAAAGAUGUGGCUGGCUGUGAGGAGGCCAAAUUAGAGAUAAUGGAAUUUGUGAAUUUCUUGAAAAAUCCAAAGCAGUAUCAAGACCUAGGAGCAAAAAUUCCAAAGGGUGCCAUUCUAACUGGUCCUCCAGGUACUGGAAAAACACUUCUAGCCAAAGCAACAGCCGGAGAAGCCAAUGUCCCUUUCAUUACAGUAAAUGGCUCUGAGUUUUUGGAGAUGUUUGUUGGUGUGGGUCCAGCUAGAGUCCGUGACUUAUUUUCUGUUGCUCGUAAAAAUGCCCCUUGCAUUCUCUUCAUUGAUGAAAUAGAUGCAGUGGGUAGGAAGAGAGGACGAGGCAACUUUGGAGGCCAAAGUGAACAGGAAAAUACACUUAAUCAACUUCUUGUAGAAAUGGAUGGUUUUAAUACAACAACAAAUGUAGUCAUUUUGGCAGGCACCAAUAGACCAGAUAUCCUAGAUCCUGCAUUAAUGAGGCCAGGGCGCUUUGAUAGACAAAUCUUUAUUGGGCCACCAGAUAUAAAAGGAAGAGCAUCCAUUUUCAAAGUUCAUCUCAGACCAUUAAAACUAGAAGUUGAAUUGGAUAAAGAGAAAUUGGCAAGAAAACUGGCAUCCUUAACUCCAGGAUUUUCAGGAGCUGAUAUUGCUAAUGUCUGUAAUGAAGCUGCUUUGAUAGCUGCACGACACCUUUCAGAUGCCAUCAAUCAAAUUCACUUUGAACAAGCAAUUGAACGAGUGAUUGGGGGUUUGGAAAAAAAAACUCAGGUUUUACAGCCAGAGGAGAAAAAGACAGUAGCAUAUCACGAAGCAGGACAUGCAGUUGCAGGCUGGUUUCUGGAACAUGCGGAUCCACUUUUAAAGGUAUCCAUCAUCCCACGUGGAAAAGGUUUGGGUUAUGCUCAGUAUUUACCCAAAGAGCAAUACCUUUACACCAAAGAACAGCUUUUGGAUAGGAUGUGUAUGACUUUAGGAGGACGUGUGUCAGAAGAAAUCUUUUUUGGAAGAAUUACAACUGGAGCUCAAGAUGACUUGAGGAAAGUAACUCAGAGUGCAUAUGCGCAAAUUGUUCAGUUUGGUAUGAAUGAAAAAGUGGGACAGAUUUCCUUUGACCUUCCACGACAAGGAGACAUGGUAUUGGAGAAACCAUAUAGUGAAGCUACUGCAAGAUUGAUAGAUGAUGAAGUACGGAUACUUAUUAAUGAUGCUCAUAAACGAACAGUAGCUCUUCUUACAGAGAAAAAAGCUGAAGUGGAGAAGGUUGCUCUUCGUCUAUUAGAAAAAGAAGUAUUAGAUAAGUCUGAUAUGGUUGAACUUUUGGGUCCCAGACCCUUUGCCGAAAAAUCUACCUAUGAAGAUUUUGUAGAGGGCACUGGAAGCUUGGAUGAAGACACCUCUCUUCCAGAAGGACUUAAAGAUUGGAACAAAGAUCGUGAAAAGGAGAAGGAAAAAGAGGAACCACCAGAUGAUAAGACAGUAAAACAGAUCAAAGGAGUGAUGCCAUUUUAAUUUAAUUUUUGUCUUGUGUUAUCAGUUUGCACAGUACUUCAACUUUGGCUUUGUCAGAUCAAUGAAAUCCAGUGCUAAAGCAUUUUAUUAAGUUGGUCUUAACCUACUACUUACCCAAAGGUGAUAACAAAAAAGAAAGCUGUAUACAAGGCAGGCACUUUAUCUCUAAGCCUCAGAAGUCAUUGUCAAUGGGGAUGGUAUAACUUCUUGUUCACACCAAAGGAAGACUAGCAGAGGAGAAAUCAUUUAAUAAAGAUUUCAAUAGAUUUGAUUAGAAAGAUUCUUGGACUGUGCCAAGCUCUAGUCUCUUAUACCUGCGAAACAUGUGCCUAAACAUGUCAAGUAUAAUUAAUUAAUUUAUAAAACUUUGCAGUACUUGAGAGAAGUCAGUUUUUUUCCCCUCACAAAUCCACCCACCCUUAAUUCAUUCUCAUUAUCCUUCAGUGGUUCCCCUUAUACCUGCACAAGGCAGAUAGACUGUGAAAUGAAUUGAACACCUAAUGAGGAAAACAUUCUAAUUUGAUGUAAUAUUUUUUUAAAAUUCAGAUCAUUUGUUGUGUUUUAAUCAAAAGGUUUUCUACAGGGAGCUGUAAGAUAAUAAAAAUGUGAAUGUAUUGUGUAAAUAAGGCUUCUUUGAAACAAAAAAUAAACUAUAUACAAUGUCCUUUUUUGAACAUAGAUUUGUUUACUUUAAGAAAAUAUAUUUCUAGUAAACUUAACUCUGGGAAUGGAUGAUCUUAUUAGAAACAAUGCUUGACAUUAGCAUCCUCUCUUUUCUUCUUUAAUAAGAAAUGUUGAUAAAGCUUCUGGUGCACAUGGGAAAUUUUCUAAAUGAAACUCUGAAAUAGUCCAGUUUAUUAAUGCUUCUUAUUAAGAAUUUAUUUGUUAAUUUAUCAGUUUCAGCAGAACUUGGAAUAGCACACUAAAUCUGUUAGAUUGUCCCUUUUUUAGAGACAAAGCAUCAAGACUGGAUUAGUUCAAUUUUAACUUGCCUAUAAAUAUUCAUUUAGAUCUUAGCAUCAAGCCCAUCCUGCAAAAAGCCAUACUGUUGGAGACUUUAGUGCUGAAGGUCAAGAAAUUUUUCUAGUCCUGCAGAUUUUUUAUAAAAUGGUCAGAACUGUAAAAUUCUAAGCUCUUCUAUUAGAAUGGUUAAGUCUGGAGUAUUUCACAGUGCUUAUAAAAAGCUGUAUGUGAAACAAUUCACCAUAUCAAUUGAUAAAUCCAACAAAUUAUCACUUUUUAUGUAUUUUUAAUUAAACUUAUGUUUAUUUAAAAUUUUUAAAAUUUUCUUUCCAUGUCCUUAGUAUACAAUGAUACCUUUGAAAUUUUGUCCAAAAAAAAAAAAUCAGUGUUUUGUUUUUUCCCAACCUUUUGAAAUCAUAGGAAGAGACCUUCUGUGGAAUCUCUGGCAAGGCAUUUGGGCUUGACAGUAAAUCUGAAGUAAACAAGUAUAUAUAGUAUAACUACUUGCCCAAGAAAUGUCUGGGGAGGUCUUGUGGAUGCUUGGAGUUCCAUGAACCAACAUGAAAAUCACCACUAGUCUAGUAAAUAUAGCAGGAAAAACAGUGUGAAAUCCCGAAUUUAUUUUCAGUUCUUCAUUAUACAGUUUCUCUGAACCUCACUUUCAUUGCUUGUGAAACAAAGGGAUAUAGCAGAAAGUGUAAUGGAUUUUUAAGAGAACCUGGGUUUGAACUAUGAUUUUCUAUUUAUUGUUUGAGCUUCAGAUUCCUCUGUAAAAUGAGGGAGUUGAACUAGAUAAUGUAGAUUCCUUCUGUUAUAGACCAGAUUAAGGGCUUGGAAACUAUAGUUUUCAGGCUAAAUCCAACCUGCCAUCUGUUUUUGUACAUCUUAUAAUACAAUAAAGUCUUAGCUCUUGGACUGUG